AUGACUAUUACAAGAGACGUCCCAUAUUAUUGUAACAAUGAAGACCCAAACGUUAUUAGAUUAUUCAUUAUAAGACAUGGGCAAACUGAUCAUAAUGUUAAGAAGAUAUUACAAGGACAUAAAGAUACGUCAAUUAAUGGUACUGGUAUUAAACAAUCUGAACAAUUAGGGGAAUAUUUGGGAAACCAAGAUGUUAAUAUUAAAUUUGAUAGAGUGGUAAGUAGUGAUUUAAAACGUUGUAAGGAAACUAUUGAAACUGUAUUGAGUUAUUCAAAUCAAGAUGAUCUUAUAUCUAAAGUGGAAUAUGUUUAUGGGUUAAGAGAACGAUAUAUGGGUGUCAUUGAAGGGAUGCAUUUGGCAGAUGCUGAGAAAUAUGCUGAUAAACAUGGGAAAGGUUCAUUUAGAGAUUUUGGUGAAGCACCAGAAGAUUUUGUCGGAAGAUUAUCAACAUGUAUUGAAAAAGUUGUUGCUGAAUCUAGUAAGCAAAAUUGUAAGGAUAAGAAUGUGGCUCUUGUGAGUCAUGGUGGUGCAAUUAGAACUAUAUUAAGAUGGUUAGAAUAUAAGGGACAAAAUGCUCAACAAAUCAUUGUGUUCAAUACAUCAGUUACUAUUGUUGAUUACUUGAAAGAUGAAAAGCAAUUUGUUGUAAGGAGAGUUGGUAAUACACAACAUCUUGGAGACGGUGAAUUCAUCGUCAGCGACUUAAAGUUACGUUAG